AGCGCCAGACUCAUCAGUAAUAGUGACACCCCCCCACCGAUAUAAUUAAUAUUAAUCCCCUUCUCGGGGCGGGCUACCGGGGCAAGAGAAAACUCCCGGCUCGCCGCCGGAUCUGCUGUGGAACGCGGCCGCGAGAGAGCGGAAAUCUCUGCCUGGUGCUUACGCUGGCACAGAUUUGUUCCCCUCCUCCCCGAUGCAGCCGGAUAUGACCGGAAGUAAUUUCCGGCGCCUGUUACCGUCCUGUACGCUUCGCGCAUUGUGUGUGGACAAGACGGGUCGUCCUCGACCGAAAAGGUUCCGUCGGCAGCCGGCUCAUCCAUCCAUCGUAAAAACGGAAUAAACCGAUUCCGGCCGCAAGGAUGGAAGAUCUUCUCGUUUGGCAUCUCUCUCGUCAUCAAGUUUGAAGAAACAAAUGCAAAUCGCAAGCAAGACAAUUCGGAAACGAUACGCAGAGAGCAGUUUUGGAUUAAAUGUGAUGCCUCUCGUAACCAAGGUUACCCAAAUUUCCGGUGGAUACAGUGUUAAGUGAACAAAAUAGAACCAUAAAUAUAUAUUCAGAGGUUCUUUUUGAGUGUUCGGAAUCCAGUCUUUCCCCCUUACAGGGAUGGGCGAUCAACCGGCGGAGGAAACCGCUCCGUCCUCCGAAAACGGGAAAGGUUUUACACAAAAAAGAGACGUCCACAAUGGGCAGAAACCAUACGAAUGUUCCAAAUGCGGGAAACGUUUCACCACAAUCGGCUAUCGCGAUAGGCAUGAGAAACUCCACACGGAGGAGAAACCGUUUGAAUGUUCCGAAUGCGGGAAACGUUUCACCACCCUGGGCAAUCGUAACACGCACGAGAAACUCCACACGGGAGUGAAACCGUUCGAGUGUUCCGUGUGCGGGAAGCGCUUCUUCACGCUGGGAAACCGUAACGCUCACGAGAGAAUCCACACCGGAGAGAAGCCGUACGAGUGCUCCGAGUGCGGGAAACGCUUCACCUCCAUGACCCAUCGGAACACGCAUGAGAAAAUCCACACGGGAGAGCUGCCGCACGAAUGCUUCCACUGCGGCAAACGCUUCCCCUCGCUGGCGCUUCGGAACGCACACCAGAAAAUCCACAUAAGAGAGAGACCGUUUGCGUGCUCGGAGUGCGAUAAGUGUUUCAUCAACAGGUGUGAGCUCAGAGAACACGAGCGCUUUCACACCGGGGAGAAACCUUUCGAGUGCUCCGAGUGCGGGAAAGGCUUCCGGCGAAAGAUGAACCUUAACUUACAUCUGAGGCUCCAUACGGGAGUGAAGCCCUUUGCCUGCGCUCAAUGCGGGAAAUGUUUCGUCACGAAGCAAAAACUCACCAAGCACGAGCAGUGUCACACGGGAGUGAGGCCGUUCGCGUGUUCCGAGUGCUCAAAGUCCUUCUAUUCAAAAUCGGAUCUCAAGCAGCAUGCGCAGCGUCACACCGGGGAGAAGCCGUAUGCGUGUUCGGAAUGCGGCAAAUGUUUUAGCAGAAACUCGGAGGUCAAUAAGCACAUGAGAACUCACACGGGGGAGAAACCGUUCGGCUGCUCCCAGUGCGGGAAAUGCUUUAAGUCCAAGUCACACCUGAGUAUGCACGAGCGAAUUCACACGGGAGAGAAGCCCUUCGCGUGUUCUUACUGCGGGAAGUGUUUCACCACGCGGUCAGAUGUCACCGUCCAUGAGAAAUAUCACAUCGGCGACAGAGCGUUUGCGUGUUUGAUAUGCGGGAAGUGUUUCUUUAGAAAGCCACAUCUCAAGCUGCACGAGCAAUCGCACACGGGGGAGAGGCCGUUCCCGUGUUCUGAAUGUGGGAAAUGCUUCUCUACCAAAGGAAACCUCGUCGCUCACAAGAAGCUGCACACGGGCGAGAAGCCGUUCGCCUGCUCGGAGUGCGGGAAAUGUUUCAGCACCAAGGCAGGGGUGUACGAGCACCUGAGAACCCACACGGGAGAGAAGCCGUUCGCGUGUUCCAAAUGCGGGAAGUCUUUUACCAUGAGCAAGUACCAGAAAAGACACGAGAAAGUCUGCAGGAAGAAAGGCAAGCGGAACGAGCAAACUCCCGACAUAAAGGCGUGAUUGUGCUUUGCUGCAAAUCCUUUUUUAUUAGACACAGGAACUCGCAUCACCGGGAAAAAACUAUCGUGUUCUGAAUGAGUGAAGAGUGCACCUUCGUGCGAUCGUUCUCACUAAAGAAAAAGCAUUAGUGGGGUAUAAACGAUGUUCUCUGAAUUCUCGUCUGCUCCUUUUCUGGAAUAUCCCUAUAUAAUAUAAAAUGCAGAAUGUAAAUAUUCGUAGCAAGCGGGUCUCCUAUUCGGCUUUAGAUCCGUAUUUACUAUGAGGUAUUCUAUCAUGGAGAUAAAGCAGCCUCUACCACGCAAAAAAAAGUGGAAACGGCGGUAAAAAUGCCGGUGCAGCUCAGGCCUGAUGACCCUGAGAUCGUAAAGUUGCACAUUUUUAGAUAUUUUAAAAAUUAAAACUUAACAAAUAUGAACUGUCAAGUCGUAGAUCUGGAUAUUUCAUUUCUAACCUUAACGUUGCUGUCCGGUGAAUAAAUGCUAUUCAGUCUGUGA